AUGCUCUUCAAAACAGCUUUCGCGCGUCCUUUCCAGCGAAGCUUCAGCUUGGUUUAUUUACGCAUUAAGUCUUUUGCAAUGCAUGUUUUAACCAUUCCUGCACUUUCUGAUAACUAUAUGUAUUUAUUAGUUGAUGAAAAAACAAAGGAAUGUGCCGCUGUUGAUCCAGUGGAGCCAAAAAAAUUAUUGGCUGAAGUGAAAGAAAAUAAUCUUAAAUUGGCAUGUGUCCUUACAACUCACCAUCAUUGGGACCAUGCGGGGGGAAAUAAUGAGUUAUUAAAACUUGUCUCUUCUCCUGUUCAUGUUUAUGGAGGUGGUAGAAGUGUUGAAGCCGUGACUGACCAUGUUAGUCAUGGUAAGACUAUCAACUUAGGAAAGGAUAUCACUAUUGCAUGUUUGCAUACUCCUUGUCAUACGAAGGAUCACAUUUGCUACUACGCCACUACUUCGGAUCAAUCAGUUGGUUUCGUUUUUACUGGUGAUACACUGUUCCUUGGUGGUUGUGGUCGAUUUUUCGAGGGAACCGCUGAACAAAUGUAUCAUGCUUUGAUUGAAAUCCUGGGUAAUCUUCCCGAUUCUACAAAAGUGUAUUGUGGUCAUGAGUAUACUGUCAAAAAUCUCGAAUUCGCCAAGACUGUUGACGGUGAAAACGAUGCUCUUUUAAAUCGUUUGAAUGAUUUAAUUAAAAUGAGAAAAGAUGGUAAAUUUACGGUCCCUGGAACCAUUCGAGAAGAGUUGGAUACAAAUCCCUUCAUGAGAGUUGCAGAUCCGGGUCUACAGUCGCGGGUUCAAGCUACUGAUGCUGUUGAUGCUAUGAGAGUUCUUCGUCAAAUGAAAGACAGGUUUUAA